AUUAAAGAGUUUCGGUCUAUGUUAAAUGUUUGGAGGGUUUGUUGUUUCAUAUACAUUUUGGCAUAAUAUAGAAAAUUGUGUUUGUCCCACGUCAGAAGAAUAUGUUGAUAACAAAGGAGAAGGGUUGCUAUAAAUUAAUGAGAAGAGGUUUUUUGUUAAUUACUUACCUGGACGGGGUGUAUGGCUGAUCAAGAAGGGUCAUGGCCUAGGUUAGUGACCUCCAUUGCACAGAGGAGGGGCGCUUGUCUAAGGUCGACCCAAGUGGUUGAUCCUACGUCAUAAUUUGUGAUAGUGGGACCUGCGUACGCGCGGCUCCUCCCCAAUUUCUAUUUUAAUUUUAUUGUUACGUUAAUUACUACAAUAUUUACAUUAAAUAGCUCUUAAAUUAUAUUUGUUAAUAUAUCUAAUUUAAUAUUUGACAUAUUCUAUUUUUUUUUUGAAAUGGUAUUUUUGUUGUAUGUUUACAUUCUAGUUUAUGUAUUCUACAGUGAUGAGAUCAAUUUGGUACAUUUGGGCCGAACUCACCAUACUUAGAAUUAUUGGGUCGAAUCGAUGACUAAUUGAAAUAAAAGCCCAUCAAAUUGGAGGCCUGAUGAAAGGUAAGCACUAAGAUAGACAUGAUGUUAAGAGAAGGUUUAGUGACAAGGAGAUCGCUGAAUAGACACAAUAUCACAUAACAUAUCGUAUAAGAAAGCGAAUAAGGUAUAGUCGGUGGCGAGCUCGAAGAUAAUUGGAAGGUCUUAGCACAAUUUUCGUAAACAGAUUAGAAAUGUAUUUAAAUUAGGAUCGAUAAUUGAUAGAUCAAAGUGAAUCUCGGGAUCAAGAAUAGUAUUUCUAUAAAUAUGAAUACGAAAAGCCCUAUUAGGAUUUCCGAUUGAACAUCGAUAAUACAUUUUUACUCUCUUUUCUGAAUAUUUUCUAAUCGCUUGUUCAUUACCGGCGGCCCAAAGAUCCGGCGACCGGCAUCGAGUGAGCUCUAUGACGAUCGAAUAACAAUAAUUAUGAUGUAAAAAUUAAUUCCAAUUGAAGGCCGGUCAAUGGACUUCCACUUAAGAGGCUGCAUCAAAGUGAUUGCUUGUAAAUAAUGAUUAUGUAUGGUGACAUAUAUUCAUCAUUUUUUUUCAAACGUGUUAGGUGUUGAUUAUCAAAGACCCCACAUCUUUUCUUACCAAAUAUACCCUCGUCAAAUGUUCACGUCCGCUUUUUGUCUCGAAAAUUCAAAGUCAAAGAAUAAACAUUGACUAUUCAAUACUUGCUCCUUGACAAAUUUCUUCACUUCCUCUUCUCUUUCCGACACAAAAUUUAUAGAGAGAGAGAGAGAGAGAGAUCUAGAGAGAGAUCUAGACCAAUGAUGAAGAAAGCAAUCUUAAUUGUUCUGGUAAUUCUGCUAUUACCACUACCAGAACAACUAUCAGCAGAUCCAAGAACCCACACGGUCAAAUUCACAUGCGGCAGCCAACUCGAGCACAACGCCUCAAUCUACGUGCCAAACUUCAUCGCCACCAUGGAAAACGUCAGCAUCCAAAUCCGAGCAUCGGGCUUCGGCAAAGCCCGAACCGGAACCGGGCCCGACGCAAACUACGGUUUGGCCCAGUGCUACGGCGACCUCUCAUUGGUCGACUGCGUCUUAUGCUACGCCCAGGCUCGCACGAUCACACCCCAGUGCUACCCGGUCAACGGUGCUAAGCUGUUCCUCGACGGUUGCUUUAUGCGGACGGAGAAUUACAGCUUCUACCACGAGUAUAGCGGGCCCACCGACCAAGCUAUAUGCGGGAAUAUAACCCGACAGAAUCCGGAGUUCCAGGUGUCGGCUAAACGGGCUUUGUCGCGGGCGGUUUUAACCGCUCCGGAUAAUAACGGGUACGGACGGGUCGAGAUGGCGGUGGCGGGUGGUCGAGGAAACGGGUCGGUUUACGUUUUGGCGGAUUGUUGGAGGACGAUCAAUGCUACUGCUUGUAGGGCUUGUUUGGCGAAAGCUUUCGAUUAUUUAGGGAGGUGCUUGCCUAUGUCGGAGGGCCGGGCGGUUAAUACGGGGUGUUUCGUGAGAUAUUCCGACGUUAAUUUCCUUAAUCCGAUAACUCGAAAUCCGAGUAGAAGAGGGAGAGUUAUUGUAAUUGUAGUUGCAGCUGUUAGUGCAGCAGCUGCACUAAUCAUUGGAGCAAUCAUUGCAGUUCAUAUGUGGAAAAACAGAAUUAUUCAGAACAAGAGAAAAGGCGAUGCAGAAAAAUUAGUGAAAACCCUAAACGACUGCAGUUUAAAUUUCAAGUAUUCAGCCCUUGAGAAAGCAACUGAUUCUUUUAAUGAAGCCAACAAGCUCGGACAAGGUGGAUUUGGCACAGUGUACAAGGGAGUAUUGGCAGAUGGAAGAGAAAUAGCAGUAAAGAGGCUCUUCUUCAACACAAAACACAGAGCGGCAGAUUUCUUCAACGAAGUAAACAUCAUAAGCAGCGUCGAACACAAAAACCUCGUACGGUUAUUAGGGUGCAGUUGCUUAGGACCCGAAAGUCUUCUCGUUUACGAAUACUUGCCCAAUAAAAGCCUCGAUCGCUUCAUUUUCGAUUCAAGCAAAGGCAAAGAAUUAAACUGGGAGAAGAGAUUCGAGAUAAUUAUAGGUACAGCAGAAGGGUUGGUGUACCUCCACGAGAAUAAAAAAACGAGAAUCAUUCAUAGGGAUAUAAAAGCAAGUAAUAUUCUCUUGGACUCGAGGCUUCGUGCUAAAAUUGCCGAUUUUGGGUUGGCUAGGUCUUUUCAAGAAGAUAAGAGUCAUAUCAGCACAGCUAUAGCCGGAACAUUGGGAUAUAUGGCACCUGAAUACCUAGCUCUCGGACAGUUGACAGAAAAAGUAGACGUUUAUAGCUUCGGUGUGCUUUUGCUUGAAAUCGUCACAGGCAGACAGAACAACAUGAGUAAUAAAACCUCGGACUACGGUGACAGCUUGGUGACCGUAGCAUGGAAGAAUUUCCAGCAAAAAACGGUGGAGGAGCUCUUCGAUCCGAACCUAGUGUUCCACAAUUACGUCAACCUUAAAAACGAGGUUUUACGUGUGGUCCACGUGGGAUUAUUGUGCACCCAAGAAAUAGCUUCGUUAAGACCAACUAUGUCUAAGGCAUUACUUAUGCUGGCAAAGAAAGACGAAGAGCUACCACAGCCAACUAACCCACCUUUCAUGGACGAGAAAACCAUGGAGCUAAACGACAUGAGUGAAAUUACGUCAUCGCCCCUCAAUUAUGGUAACGAUUAUUCGGUUGCCACUGUUUCCCACAGUGUUUUCUACCCAAGAUAAAGUUUAUAGAUUAGGCUAUUUAUAGACGCGAAAAAUAUUGGUCCCGUUUGUUUUGAAAAUAGAAAAAAAAAAGGGUUUUUAUAUAUU